UCGGCGGGCGCCUCCUCUCGCCCAUCUUCCGCCGCUGAGCACCUGCUCUCUUCUUCUUCCAGUAUUCUCCGUCUCCAUGGCUCUCCGUGCGAUCGCCGGCAAGAAAACCCUAGCUCUAGGGCUAGUGUUUAGUCCCUGCGCCGCCGCCGGCGCCUCCGCCCCGGGGAUGGGGUUGGGGCUCCGCCAAGCCCGGGGCCUCGUGACCUUCUCGUUGCCGGACCUCCCCUACGACUACGGCGCCCUCGAGCCCGCCAUCAGUGGCGAGAUCAUGAAGCUCCACCACCAGAAGCACCACCAGACGUACAUCACCAACUACAACAAGGCCCUCGAGCAGCUCGAGGAGGCCAUGGCCAAGGGGGACUCCUCCAAGGUCGUCCACCUCCAGAGUGCCAUCAAAUUCAAUGGUGGAGGCCAUAUCAACCAUUCAAUCUUCUGGCAAAAUCUCAAGCCUGUGAAUGAGGGUGGUGGUGAGCCUCCUCAUAGCACACUUGGUUGGGCCAUUGAUACGGACUUUGGUUCAUUGGAGGCUUUGGUGCAAAAGAUGAAUGCAGAAGGUGCAGCUUUACAGGGAUCUGGAUGGGUGUGGCUUGCUCUGGAUAAGGAGUUGAAAAAGCUUAAAGUUGAGACAACAGCAAAUCAGUGAUUUGAGGAAAGUGUUUGCCAAAUAUAAGCCAACAGGAGUAGCCUGAGAUGAUUGUUACAAUGAAAAUGAGUAGAGAAGAAAGACAAAAUGAUGCUCUGAUGUAGAUCCCUAAUGUAAAUGAAUAGAAUGGAUAUAUUGUCAUAUUCAUGUUUUUUAUUUUGUGCAAAUACUUGGCCUGUAUUCGACACUAUUCCAUCAUCUUGACCUUUUGUACCAAGCCUUUUGCUAUGGGUUGGCUGUAGUGCAUUAUUCAAAGUUUGACAUGCUCAACAGACUGAACAGGUUCUACCUCCCAUCGUAAACCUGGUUUUGACCCUCUACAAAUCAGUACCAAAAUCCUAGCCAAGGUAAAUUUAGGCAAGAGAAGAGCUUAACAUGAAACCUAUAUAACUAGUUGGUUUUAGGGGAAGCAUAUUUUAUGUAGAGAAUUUGUAAACCACCAAAAUAAA